AUGCAAGCAUCAUGCAAGCAUCAUGCAAGCAUCAUGCAAGCAUCAUGCAAGCAUCGUGCAAGCAUCAUGCAAGCAUCAUGCAAGCAUCGUGCAAGCAUCGUGCAAGCAUCGUGCAAGCAUCGUGCAAGCAUCAUGCAAGCAUCAUGCAAGCAUCAUGCAAGCAUCAUGCAAGCAUCAUGCAAGCAUCGUGCAAGCAUCAUGCAAGCAUCAUGCAAGCAUCGUGCAAGCAUCAUGCAAGCAUCAUGCAAGCAUCAUGCAAGCAUCGUGCAAGCAUCAUGCAAGCAUCAUGCAAGCAUCGUGCAAGCAUCAUGCAAGCAUCGUGCAAGCAUCGUGCAAGCAUCAUGCAAGCAUCAUGCAAGCAUCGUGCAAGCAUCGUGCAAGCAUCGUGCAAGCAUCAUGCAAGCAUCAUGCAAGCAUCGUGCAAGCAUCAUGCAAGCAUCGUGCAAGCAUCGUGCAAGCAUCGUGCAAGCAUCAUGCAAGCAUCAUGCAAGCAUCAUGCAAGCAUCGUGCAUGCAUCAUGCAAGCAUCGUGCAAGCAUCAUAA